AAUAUUAGAUAAUAUUUAUUACUUAUGAAGUCGUAAUAUUUUCCGCUGAGUUUAUUAUAAGUUUUUUUUAAUAAAGUCAUAUAAUAUGAUUGACAUAUUCAAAAGAAUAGUGAUUGCAUAGUUGAUCGAAUCAUAAAAAUCGCUUGAAUCGAAUGAAGAAAGGAAAGUGAUGUGAUGAUUAAUUUUAAAAUGGCUGCUUUCUUUUAAAAUAAAUAUGAUUUUUUUUCGGCGAUUUAUUUAGUUUUAUGUUUAGUAUAAUAUAAUUAAUUAGUGAUAUUUAGAUCGUUUUUAAUAUUAAACGUAUCUUCCAAGAACGUGUAAUGUUCAGAUAUUUUACUAGUGUUUAAAAGUAGUUUUACUUAAUAUAUUUAUUAAAAAAUGGAUAUUAUAAACGAUGAGGAUCGUAGGAGAAGAUUAAGACUUCUCGAGGAACGUAUAAAAGAGCCUCGAGGGAAAGGAAAUAUUGAUUCAUUACUAGAUACAGUACAAGCACUGUAUACAGAUUGUGAUCAUCCAGCUAUUAAAAAAUUGAAGAAUGUCGAAGUUUACUUAAAUAGGUAUGAUGAUUUCGCUAGCGAUAUUAUCAAUCUCCGAAUGAAAACCGAUGAUUUCGAACACAUAAAAGUGAUAGGUAGGGGAGCGUUCGGCAAAGUUCAAUUAGUUAGGCAAAAGUACACUAGAAAAGUAUACGCGAUGAAAAGAUUGAGCAAAGCGGAUCUGAUCAAACGAUCGGAUUCGGCUUUCUUUUGGGAGGAAAGACACAUCAUGGCACACGCCAGAUCCGAAUGGAUAGUUCAAUUACAUUUCGCCUUCCAGGAUACCAAACAUCUCUACAUGGUAAUGGACUACAUGCCGGGCGGGGAUAUAGUUAAUCUGAUGUCGAAUUACGAUAUACCAGAAACUUGGGCGAAAUUUUACACGAUGGAAGUCGUGCUAGCUUUGGACGUGAUCCAUUCGAUGGGAUUCGUCCAUAGGGACGUCAAGCCGGACAAUAUGCUUUUGGAUAAAUACGGGCACUUGAAAUUGGCGGAUUUUGGUACUUGUAUGCGAAUGGACGACGGGGGUUUGGUUAGAUCGAACAACGUAGUCGGUACUCCGGAUUAUAUUUCGCCGGAAGUGUUGCAGAGCCACGGGAAAGGGAUUUACGGAAGGGAAUGCGAUUGGUGGUCGGUGGGAAUUUUCGUGUACGAGAUGUUGGUAGGGGAAACGCCCUUUUACGCCGACAGCCUUCUGGGUACUUACAACAAGAUCAUGUACCACGAAAAUAAUUUGUCGUUUCCGGACGAAGUCGAAAUUUCCAACGAAGCCAAGUGUUUUAUACAGGGUCUUCUCUGUGAUAGAAACAAGCGGUUAGGGCGAAAUAGUGUGGAUGAGAUAAAGAUGCAUCCGUUUUUUGUGAACAACGAAAAUUGGACUUUUGAAAAUUUGAGGGAUACGGCGCCGCCGGUGGUUCCCGAAUUGACGGGGGAUGACGAUACCAGUAAUUUCGAGGAUUACGAAAAGGACGAGACGCCCGAAGAAAAUUUUCCUGUGCCUAAUAGUUUCGUGGGCAAUCAUCUACCAUUUAUAGGUUUUACUUACAAUUCAGAUUAUCAGUUACUAUCCUCGUUGGAUUCAGUGGAUAGUAAACUGAAUAACAUUCCAUCGGAUUCUAGUAAUCACGUCCACAAAUUAGAAUUGUUACUAGAACAAGAAAAACUAAACGUAGAAACAUUAGAAGCCAAACACCGACAACUAUUGAUACAAUUAGAGACUAUAGCUCAAAGGGAAAGCGACAUCAGAGAAGAAAUGACUAAAAACGAAAAGGAUCUGACAAUAUUGAGGCACAAUUACAAGGAAUUGCAAAGGAAAGCCGAACACGAAAGCGAUUUGAGAAAAAACACCGAAAAAUAUUUAUCAGAAUUGAAGAAACGUUACGAAGAAGAACAGAAUAAGAGGACGAGGGAAAUGAACAAUAAUCAGCAGCACAACGAUAAGAUACAGUUGUUGGAGAAGCAGGUGAACGAGAUGCAGGAAAAAUUGAAGGCGGAAACGGAAAAUUGUCAGAAAUUGAGGAAACAGGCUAACGAAUUGACUAUAGUUAAAUCGAAUUCGGAACAUAAGGUGGCUGAGUAUCAGACCUUGUUGCAAUCGAUACAGAGCCAAAGGGAUACUCUACAAACUGAAGUAGCGACGUUGCAAGAUCAGUUAACUGAAGAAAGGAAUUAUAGGAGUCAGAUGUCCGAUCAACAGAUAGUUCUAGAAAACAAAUUACAAUCGGUGAACGCCGAAAUGGAAAGGGUACGACAAAAAGAAAUGAAAAUAUCAACCGAUAACAUCCAAUUAACUGAGAAAGUAUCCAAUUUGGAAAAAGAAUGCGCCGGACUAGAUUUGGAAUUGAAGGCGCUCAAAAAUAGAUAUCAGCAAGAAGUUAAAGCACACGAAGAAACCGAAAGAAGUCGAGUUUUGAAUAAGGAAGAAGCCAAUUUGGAAGUUGUCAAAGCUCUACAAACGAAACUAAACGAAGAAAAAUGCGCCCGCCAAAAAGCCGAUUUGAAUUCGCAGGAAAAGGAAAGACAAAUCUCGAUGUUAUCGGUGGAUUACAGACAGAUCCAACAGAGAUUACAGAAAUUGGAAGGUGAAUACAGACAGGAAGUGGAAAAAGUUAAAGCCGUCAACGGUCAGUUCGAGCAAGAGCAACAGAAGAAGAACAUCCUCCAAUCGGAAAUGAGUCAGCAGACGGCGGAAUUCAAUAAACUCAAAGCGAAAGAAUCUCAAUUGUUGGUGGAAAUCGGCCAAUUGCAGGAGACAAAGAGAACGCUGGAAGAGGAAUUGAUGAGGGUGAAGAACAAUUGGCAGCGGGAUCAGUUGCAGAUGAAAGAGCUGCAGGAAAAUUUGGAAACCGAACAGUAUUUUACGACGCUGUACAAAACGCAGACGGUGGAAUUGAAAGAGGAAGUGGACGAGAAGAAUAGGAUCAAUAAGGAGUUCGAAGAGGAAAGGGCCUCGUUGAAACAUCAGUGUCAGUUGGCUUUGGCGAGAGCUGAUUCCGAAGCCCUGGCACGAUCGAUAGCAGAAGAAACCGUAGCCGAUUUGGAAAAAGAAAAAACAAUGAAAGAAUUGGAAUUGAAAGAUCUACUAGCUAAACACAGAACGGAUAUAAACAGCAAAGAAGUGGCGAUAAACACGUUCAAAGAUAGAGAAUUGGAAUUGAAAAAGUUAACGGAACAAUUACAAAAAGAAAAAGACGAACUAAACAGGCAGUACAAGCAGUUACAAGAAGAAUUCAACAGGAAAACUAACAACAACGAGGAAUACGAAAAAUUGGUGAACAGAUUGAACACGGAAAGCCUUUUGAAACAGCAAGCAGUUAAUAAGUUACACGAAAUAUUGAACAGGAAAGACAUCAGGGAAUCUGCCAAAGGAAAAUCCAAAGUUUCCAACGCCGAUUUGAGGCGGAAAGAGCGAGACCUGAAGAAACUGCAACAGGAGUUGAGCUUGGAAAAGGAAAAAUACAAUCAAAUGAUAGGAAAUUAUCAGAAGAACAUACAAGAUUUAAGCGCUCAGCUCAACGAAGAAAUAUCGGCGAAGCAACGUCUCCAAAUGGAAUUGGAUAGUAAGGACGCCGAUUUGGAGCAGCUCCAAUUGAAAUUGUCUUCGAUGAACAGCGAAACGGCGUCGUUGAGUUCGGCGGAUAACGACGGUGAGGAAAUCGAUGCUGUAUUCGAGGGGUGGUUGUCGAUACCCUCCAAACAGAAUAUCAGGAGGCACGGUUGGAAGAAACAGUACGUCGUGGUCUCCAGUAGGAAAAUUAUUUUCUACAAUUCUGAUAAUGAUAAACAGAAUUCUGAUCCGGUUAUCGUUUUGGAUUUGAGUAAAGUAUUCCACGUGCGUUCUGUAACCCAAGGGGAUGUGAUCCGAGCCGAUUCCAAAGAUAUACCGAGGAUAUUUCAACUUUUGUACGCGGGCGAGGGCGAGGCGCGAAAAACCGACGCCGAACAGGCGACGCUAGCUUUAGACGUCAGUCAAUCUAUGAGGAAUUUCGAUGACAAACCCGGCGUCAUCUUACACAAGGGGCACGAAUUUUUAAAUAUAUCUUAUCACAUGCCUACUACGUGUGAAGUAUGUCCGAAACCGAUGUGGAAUAUGUUUAGGCCGCCGCCGGCCCUGGAAUGUAGAAGAUGUAGGAUAAAGGUUCACAAGGACCAUUUAGAAAAGAAGGAGGAUUCGGUACCUCCUUGUAAACUCCAUUACGAUCCCUCAUAUGCCAAAGAAUUACUAUUACUCGCUUGUUCGCACGACGAACAAAGACAGUGGGUAUCGAGAUUAAGUAGGAAAAUACAAAAAUACGGUUUCAAAGCCAACAAUUCCAACGCCAUAGAUUCUUCGACGAAAAUAUCGCCUAGGGAAUCAACUCGCUCUAACAUGAAGCCAUAUAUGAACACCCAACAACGAUCGGCAACCCUCCCCGCUAAUUCCUCGAUGAACAGUAAAUGACACUCCAGAUUCAUCUAAACUCAAUCAUUGUGUCAUUAUUUAAUCUUCUAUUUUCGCGCAGUCUGUCAUUAAACAUCCCCGAAGGGUAUUUUAUCGAAUUUUUUAUAACAACGCAACGAGGAUGAUUGUUGAAGACUGCGUCGUAUCUUUAACAUCGAAUAAACGCUUUAUUCCAUCACUAAUUUAGCUGAUACAAUCUGUGAUUUUUAUUUUCCUUCAAACGAGUUUGUAUCAAGAAAAACGCAUAUUGUUGGUUACUUGGAUAGUUUAUUACCAUAAGGCCUGCUGGAAGAUCAGAUAACAGAAAUUUGAUCCAGUUUGAUUUUUUUUUUUUUUUAAUUCGAAACCUCACAUUCUGAUCCUAUAAUUUUCAUUUGUAUGUAUUUUUGAAUGGUAGUUAGGUUCAAAUUCAAAAAUAGGGUUUAAUCGUUGAAAAUGAAGCACAGCACGAUCAAUAUUAUGAUUUGUCAUUGUUAUAAUGUUCCAAAUUGCAUUAAACUGACAAUUUGAUUUUUACUUCCGUUGUUAUGUUCCAAACUGCAUUAAAUUAAAAAUUCAAUUUUUACUUCUGUUAUUAUAAUCCAAAUUACAUUAAUUGUCGAAAUUUGCCAUUUGGUCCAUUACAGUAGAUAGUGUUUCAUCUCAGAUACGUUUUAUUGAAAAAAGUCUUAGUGGGAUUUUCAAAAAAAAAUCUGAUAUUUUCAUAAAUAAAUUUUUUUUCCUAUGACUUUUUUUUAAUAUAAUUAUGUCGUCAUUUAUUAUUGGAAAAUUGAACAUAAUCAAUUAAUAUUUUGUUUUUGUUUGGUUUAUGGUCCAAACGGCAUUAACUAUCUUAAGUUGUAUCUUUUCACCAUUUGGUUCAUUACAGUAGAGAGUGUUACGUCCUAAACAAGUUUGAUUGCGGAAAAUCAUAUUUUUUUUUGGUUGGUUUUUCACAGAAAAAACUGAUAUUUUCAUAGAUAAAAUUUUAUUUCCUACUAUUUUUAUUUAUUAUCUGGAAUUGUCGAAAUUCUCGUUGCCCUGUCGUUUGAUUUAUGGUCCAAACGGCAUUAGCUGUCUUGAGUGUCUUUUCGCCAUUUGGUUCAUUACAUUAGAUAAAAUUUCAUUUCUAUGAUUAUCACACUACAUAGUAUCAUGUUCCAAACUGCAUUAACUGUUCAAAGUUGUCUUUUUCUGCCAUUUGGUUCAUUAUAUUUAGUAUUGUAGUAUUUAGUUGGAAGUUGUAUUUUUUUGUUAUUUGGUUCAUAAUAAUAAUAAUAAUAAUAAUAAUUGAUAAAAUUUUUAUCAUUACUACAAAAGUGUGUGUGCUUUUUAUCUAUUUGAAAAGCUCAUUUUUUCGGUGCUGAUUGCAAAAUAUUGUCUGUACUUAGGUUUUGUUUUUUUAAACGUUGAAUUGCUCAAAACUUUUUUCGACUCAAAAUUUGGACCAGUAAUUUUACAAAUGUAUCUAGUCAAAAAUAGUUUUUAAAAAUAUUUAAAAAUCAAUAGUAAAUUAGUUUUAUUUUAAUUGCUAUUUUUGACAAAUUGAGUAUAUUUUUUUUUACUCAAAUUUCUCUAGAAAAAAUAUUUUAUUUUAUUGAAUUUAUUUUUAUUCUUACAAAGAUAACCCUUUAUUUUAUCACGAAUUUUGUAUUUUUUUAUUUGUUUUUUUUUGCUUAUUUUUUUUUUAAAUAAAAACUAGAAGAAAAAAAAAUAACUCGAACACUGCAAACUUAACCCAUAAUGAUUCAUUUGAAUACAAAUAUAAAUUUUUUUAACGUGAAUCUGGUAGACCACAUAUUAUUUCUUACAUCCCUGUAUAUAUAUUUUUUCGCCCUCUUUUGAUUCCUUAUAUCCAUUUCCAGAUCUUUCUCGAACAUACGCGAUUUUCCUGGAAAUUCUUUAUAUUUACUAAUUUCACUUUAGGGGGUUUAAAAAACCAACCCCGACAUAACUGCCCUUUAGGGUGGUCGUUGAAAGUAAAAAUUUUUAGCGACGCCUUCUAAAAAGUUUUUUUUUAUUAAAAAAUAGAAUUUUUUUCAAUUAAAAGUUAGGGGGGGCUGUACAUCUGGGUUUUCGGUUGUCUACUUCGAGACGAGCUUAUCCUACAGGAUAUACGAAUAGGAAAAUAUAAAAUAAAUUUUUACAGGGCGUCACAAAAAAAUUAAUUUCCAACGACCCUCCUACUGCCCUUUAUGUUCUCGAAAAAAUUUUCUUUUUAUCGUUUUUUGCAAUGUAAAAAAAUAAUAUAAAACCUAUUUCCACAUUCCUUAUUUAUGUAUAUUUUUGUACAUAUUUUUUUUAACAACUAAUCUUUAUAAUUACAAAAAAACGAUAAUUAUGCGGAGGGGUUUUCGUCGAAAAAAAUUAAUUUUUCCCUUGAUCUAAAAUAUUUGAUCAAUAACGUGGCGUUUUGUUAUCGGAAAGGGUGGUUGGGGUGAAGCAGUUGUGCCUUAUUAUUUCCUUGGCCGAUUAUAUUAAUUAUUUCGAGUGAUGACGGUGAUGUAUAGUAGAAAUUAAGGUUAUGUCUUAUGUAUACAAAUUGUAAACCAAAAUGGACAAUUGUAAAAGUAAAUUGUUCUUAUUUAUUA